AAUUCUACCAAAUCAAUUCACUCUAACAUAGAAAACAAUCACCAUGGUCACAUUAGAAGAAUUAGAAAAUAACAAAGAAGACGAUUUGUUCGAUCAAGAAAUCUUAAAUCUGUCCACUUCCGAUAUCAUCAACCGAACCAAACUUUUAGACAAUGACAUCAAAGUAAUGAGAUCAGAAUCACAAAGAUUGACCCACGAGAAAACCAUGAUGUUGGAAAGAAUCAAAGAUAACCAGGAGAAGAUCAACAAUAACAAGCAAUUGCCAUAUUUAGUUGGAAAUGUUGUUGAAUUGUUGGAUUUGGAUGCCGAAAAAGAAGCGUCUGAACAAGGGGCCAAUAUCGACAUUGACGCUGCUAGAUCGGGGAAAUCUGCCGUCAUAAAAACUUCUACUAGACAAACUAUAUUCUUGCCUAUGAUUGGAUUGGUUGAUCCAACUACAUUAAAGCCCAAUGAUUUAAUUGGGGUGAACAAGGACUCUUAUCUUAUAUUAGAUACUUUACCGUCAGAAUACGACUCUAGAGUUAAAGCCAUGGAGGUGGAUGAAAAGCCUACAGAAGACUAUUCCGACAUUGGUGGAUUGGAUAAACAAAUCGAAGAAUUGAUUGAAGCAGUAGUAUUGCCUAUGAAGCAAGCAGAAAAGUUUCAAACUUUGGGUAUCAAACCACCAAAGGGUGCGUUAAUGUAUGGUCCUCCAGGUACUGGUAAGACCUUGUUGGCCAGGGCAUGUGCUGCUCAAUCAGGUGCCACUUUUUUGAAGUUGGCUGCUCCACAAUUGGUGCAAAUGUUUAUUGGUGAUGGUGCUAAAUUGGUUCGAGAUGCGUUUGCUUUGGCUAAAGAAAAGGCCCCCACGAUUAUAUUUAUAGAUGAAUUGGAUGCCAUUGGUACUAAACGUUUUGAUUCCGACAAGUCUGGUGAUAGAGAAGUUCAAAGAACCAUGUUGGAAUUAUUGAAUCAAUUGGAUGGGUUUGGAUCAGAUGAUAGAGUCAAGGUGUUGGCUGCUACCAACAGAGUCGACACGUUGGAUCCAGCGUUAUUAAGAUCCGGGAGAUUAGAUAGAAAGAUUGAAUUUCCCUUGCCUUCGGAAGAAGCCAGAGAAUCAGUGUUGAAGAUUCAUGCUAGAAAAUUAAACUGUGAUAACAACUCGGUUAACUGGAGAGAAUUGGCUAGACUGACAGAUGAAUUCAAUGGGGCUCAAUUGAAGGCUGUCACUGUGGAAGCCGGUAUGAUUGCUUUGAGAAACGGGAAAUCCAUUAUAAAACACGAAGAUUUCGUCGAAGCCAUUGGUGAAGUGCAAGCCAGAAAGUCAAAGUCUGUAAACUUUUACGCAUAGUCUUAAUAUAUAUAUAUAUAUAUGUAUUCAGUACACACUCAACAAUCUAUCUAUACCUGCUUUUGAGACUUUUUCAACUCUUCUCUCAACUUUUGUGAGAACUUGUCUUGAUUAUCAUCAUCAUCCCAAUCUUCUUCCCAUAAGUUAUCUUGGACUACUUUGGUGUCGUUGUUCCAUUGGUUAUCUUCGGGGAAAUCUUCAAAUUCGUCGUCUUCUUCCAAGGUUUUUAUGACUUUUUGUUCUUCUUCGGUACUAGAUGGGUUGGGUUCUGUGGACAUUGUUAAACUGUAUAUAUAUAUCUAUAGGGAGCUGGUUACACUGAUG